CCGAGUACUCGGGGAUGAAAAAGUUCAGAUCAAGUGGAGCGUGAAAAGGUUUUGGAGAGAUUCUUCGCUGUCUGCAGUACCGGCUCAUUUAACAUUCUGGAGAUACCUUUCCAAAUGGCCACCGCAGUAAUGCUGCACACUGCUGUGGCACUGACGAUGAUGCAUAUCUGGAAUAGCCGCGUCGGGGAUUGUCAGCCAGAACCGUCAGAAAGCGUGAAGCUGAGGUUGGUGAAUGGCGGCACUCGAUGUGAUGGGAGAUUGGAGAUUCAGUACAAAGGAAACUGGGGGACGGUGGAUGGUAACUCCUGGGAUAUGCCGGCCACGAAUGUGGUGUGUCGGCAGCUGAGCUGCGGCGCUGUACUGAAAGCCUAUGCUGGUAGUAGCUAUGGGGAAGGAUCCGGACCUGUUUUCACGCCGAACUUUCAGUGCAGUGGGAGCGAGGCCGCUCUUCAGGAGUGUAAAUCAGAUCCAUGGGGUGACACUGGCUAUUCACACAGUCGUGAUGUUGCUGUUGUUUGUAAAGAAAGUAGGAAGGUGAGACUGGAAAAAGGUGGCAGUCCAUGCACCGGGAGACUGGAAGUGAACCAUGAGGGAUACUGGAGACCUGUCUAUGCUUCGGGCUGGGAUCUGCUGGAUGCUACUGUGGUGUGCAGAGAGUUGAGCUGCGGAGCCGCGCUGAAAGCCCCACACGAAUAUCAUUUUGGAAAGGUUUUUGACUCCGUUAUAACUUAUAAGGUUAACUGCGACGGGACCGAGCCUGCUCUGCGGGAGUGUAAAUCAGAAGAAUGGAAAUUCUACAACCAUCCUCGACCCGACUAUGCCGGAGUGAUUUGCGCAGACCACCGAGCUCCAAGAUUGGUGUCCGGAAAUGAUGAAUGCACGGGAAGAUUGGAAGUACAAUUUGGAGAAACCUGGAAAACUGUGUGUGAUCUACACUGGGAUAUGAAUGAUGCCAGCGUGGUGUGCAGUCAACUUCAAUGCGGAGUCGUUGUUGCUGUGCGGGGAGGAGCUUAUUUUGGAGAAGGAACAGGACUUGUUUCGACUCAUGCCUUUGAAUGUCAGGGUAAUGAGUCGAGUCUAUGGGACUGUCCAUUUUCCUCAGGACCUCAUCGUUGCACCCAUGAGAAUGAUGUUGGUGUGAUCUGUUCUGGGAAUGAUGUCGCGCGGCUCGUUGAUGGGGGCAACAGAUGUUCCGGCCGGGUGGAAGUUCAGCACGGGGACCAGUGGGGAACACUUUGCGAUGAGUAUUUCAGUUUGGAAGAUGCUGCCGUGGUCUGUGAACAGCUACAGUGUGGUGCAGUAAAUGCAACUCCCAGAGAUGCAUACUUUGGCACAGGAAACGGGCCAAUGUGGAAGGAUAACUACAUUUGUUUAGGCAAUGAGUCCCGAUUAGCUGAUUGUCAAGUCUCAGCGUGGAGUCAGAUCAGCUGUUCGCAUGGAGAUGACGCCAGCUUGAUCUGCACCGAUGACAUUUGGUCUCUGCGGCUGACCGAAGGGGGAAGCCGCUGCGACGGCCAGGUGGAGGUUUAUGAUAACGGCAGAUGGAGCAGAAUCCAGGAUAACUUCUGGAAUAUCGAUGAAGCCAACGUUGUCUGUAAUCAACUGCGUUGCGGUGUGGCCACAUCCUCCUACAUCGCCUCGGGGCACAGAGGGAAAGGUGGGCCCGUGUGGGUGACCGACCUUCAGUGUGAAGGAAGCGAAUCACAUCUCCAAAAUUGCAGGAGAUCCAUAUUGAAUCGGACUUCCUCCGACAUCAUCGGCGUCGGCGUCCUGUGUUCAGGUGAAUAG